AUGUCGGACAACAACGCCCACCCCGGCGUUCGAAGCCUGCUGGCCAAGUUUGAGAACAGCCCGAGUUCAGUCACGUCGCCGCCCUCGCGUGGAAGAUCUCCCGUUAGCUCCGAUACCCCCGGAUCGUCCCGCCAGCUUUCGAAAGUCCGCGCCAGCUUCGUAACAGUUGACGGUGUGGUUCAGUCAAACCCAGGCUCACCACUACGGAAGACAAGUGGUCGGAGCGAUAGCCCAGGAAUGUUCGGACCCAAAAUCAAUGAGCAGGAUGUGGAGGCACGUCGGCAAAGUUUGGCAUCCCCCACACCUGGCAGUCUAAAUGAUGGUCAGAAGGGUGUCCUUGAUCAAUUGGUCAGCCCUGUCCUGCCAGGGCCAACCUCUGUUCCGACGACGCAAUCAAAGACCGUACCUGCUGUCGACAAUAAGGGUCCAGUAAAGCCAGAGAUGAGUGCCGCCGCGCCUGCCUCAACAUCCGCAUCCGCAGUCGCACCUGCCAGUGGAACAUCGGAACAGCCGGCUCAUAAGACAGUCACAAAGCGUCCGUCGACUAUCAAUGCUACACGGAACAACAUCCCAAAUACCAAGCCUAUAUCUUCCCUGGCCUCAGCGGCCAAACAACCUGCCAACACAAGCACCAAACCCGCAAGCUCCCGGGAAAUCGCAAAGGAACGCGCCAAUACCCUUGCUAAUAAGCCGAGCCGCGCUUCCUUGAAUCCUGCAACGAAGACCGUUUCUCGGACCGUUCGGGGUUCCACACCGUCACAGGAGCCUUUGAGAACAUCGCCCCCGAACAGCGCCAAAUCUCACACACGAUCACCCACUAGGCCUGUUCGCCUGCCAGCUUCCAUGACUGCACCAACACAAGCAUCUGUCGCAAGGCUAGGCAGUGCGGCGCCUCCCACUGGGCGAACCACCACUACCGCCUCAACACUCACGAGGAAGCCAUCUUCGCUCAAGAGUGCUGCAGGAGCAGGCCAGACACGGCCUACUGCGGGGUCCACAGCGGGUGUGCGCAGACAAUCAUCUCGCUCUUCUCUUCCCCCUCAGCCUGCCCAAGAGCGGCCCAGCUCGCGGACCAGUGAUGCUGGCCCCAAGCCGGCCACCGAAGGGUUCCUGGCGAGAAUGAUGCGCCCAACGGCCAGCUCAGCCAGUAAGACCCACGAUCGACCGGAGCCUAAAGCUCCCCAGAAGAGCACCACAACCAAGCCUCCACGGGCAUCAAUGGUACGGGCACCUGAGCGCAGUGCGCAACAGCCCAAAGCCAAGCCUGCGGCUCUGCGUCCCCAGACUGAAAAGUCCCAGGCAGCCAACAAGGAACCCCUCCCAAAGAAAGAAAAGGAGGAGGUUAAGAUCCCUCAGCCUGAGCCGGAGAGUGAAAAAGAGAAUGUCGAAGAAUCUACUCCUGUAAUUCCGGAGGAGUCUGAAGUCGCCGAGUCCAAGGACGCUGUUAUCGAGACCCCUAAACCCGAGACCACAGCCAACACGACUCAAGAUGGGAAGUUGGCCGAAGAAUCCAAGCAGGAGGUUGCCUUCGAACCCGUUGUGGCAUCUGUCAGUGAGCUAAUCGAGUCCACCAUUGUGGACCCUUCCACAGAGACUCCCCUUGAACAAGUCCCCCAGGCAGUUGCCAAGGAAGUCAUGGAGGCUCCCAUUGAGGAUCCUGCCGAGGUUCAGUCCAAGGAUGGCCAAGCACCGGCGGAGGCUAGUGUUGAAGAACCCGCCGAGGCCCCAACGGAGUCUCCUGAGGAAGUCUCCCAGGCGCCUGCCGGCUCCACCCCCGAGAAUGAGCUUGCUGCCGUUGAAGAGGACAUCACCCCUGAAGAACUCGAGGUCCUUGAAGUCUCCCAGACAGCUGAAAUCCCCGCCGUUGUGUCCAACGAUAAGGUCGCUGGACCUGCUGAAGAUGUCACCUUCGCUGAGCCUUCGACCAAGUCAGAGGAGCCUACUGUUUCUGCUGAGAAGCCUGCGGCUGAGGCCAAGCAAAACGUCGAUGACAUUGACUUUGUCAGCCUUGCACUCAACUAA